AUGGCCACCACCACCACAAUCAAGCUCACAAAUCGCUCACCCAAGCAGCCCGUCAAGCGACUUCCCGCAUCUGUCGACCUGCCCGCCGAUGCCACCGUCGACGACCUCAAGGCCCUCGUCGCCAAAGAAGCCAAGAUUGGGGACUUCAACCGUAUUGGCAUUUUCGACCCGGCCACCAAGAAGACUCUGAAAAACCGCAAAGCCGCGAUUGCCGAUGAACCCAAUGUGCUUGCCGCCAGAGAAGUUCUCGUCAAGGACCUCGGCCCCCAGAUUGCUUGGAGGACAGUCUUCGUGAUUGAAUACUUUGGACCCAUCCUCCUCCACCUCGUCGUCGUUGCAGCCCGGCCUCUACUUUUCAAAGACGGCCAUGGUCCCAUGUCCACGAGCCAAUGGCUCACCUUUGCCAUGAUCGUGGCCCAUUUCGUCAAGAGAGAAGUCGAAACGCUCUUUGUCCACAAGUUUUCGGCAAACACCAUGCCUUUCUUCAACGUCUUCAAGAACAGCUUCUUCUACUGGGCCCUGUCGGGUCUGCUUUGCGCCGUGUCCAUCUACAGCCCCAACUCGUUUGCCGCACGGGCCGAUACGCCGCUCUUUGAUCUUGUUGGCUUUGGCCUGUAUCUUUUUGGCGAAUCCGCCAAUGCCAUGGUUCACCUGUACCUGUCUAGUCUUCGAUCUGCCGGGGGAACCGAACGCAAGAUACCAUCUGGCUACGGCUUCUCUCUUGUCACCUGCCCCAACUACAUGUACGAGAUCCUGUCCUGGGUCGGCAUCAUCAUUGUUAGCCGUGACUGGACGGUGGUUCUCUUCAUUGCCAUAGGCGCUGCGCAAAUGUACGCCUGGGCCAAGGGCAAGGAGGUUGCAUAUCGCAAGGAGUUUGCCGACAAGUACAAGAAGAAGCGCUAUGUCAUUCUGCCUGGACUCUUGUAA